AUGCAGGCCAAAGCUAAAGAUGAAAAAGUACAGAUCAAGACAACACAUGAAGAAGAUACUCCAGCUGAUCAAGCUGCCUAUCAAAGACUCAUAGGAAAGUUACUUUAUUUGACUGUAACAAGGCCUAACAGAUCAUUUGUUGUUCAGAGUCUAAGUCAAUUCCUUCAACAUCCUAAGGUAUCACACAUGGAAGCUGCACUAAGGAUAGUAAGAUAUGUUAAACACCAACCUGGACAAGGUUUGCUACUCUCAAGCAGUUGCAAUCAUACAAUAACUGCAUAUUGUGAUGCAGACUGGACUCCAUGUCCUAUAACUAGAACAUCAAUGACAGGGUUCAUGAUUAAGAUUGGAAAUUCACUUGUGUCAUGGAAGUCAAAUAAGCAAAAAGUUGUGUCAAGGAGUUCUACAGAUGCGGAAUAUAGAAGUUUAGCCACUACAACAGCUGAACUGAUCUGGCUAUUGGGAUAA